AUGAAGAGUUCUUGGAGUGUGAAGAUCAUGGUUGCACCUUUCGUUGCCGGAAUGUUGUUUCUGGUUGCCUCUGCAGGUUCUGCUAAGGAUUCAUUCGCCCCCAUUGCCGGUCAUGCAGGAAGUAAGCGUGGGGGAGACCCUUCAUUUUCCCCUUUACCGGAGUUCUUCAUACGCGACAUAAGUUUUGCUUUUUUCAUUAUUCCUAGCUUUCAUUUAUUAAGGAUACAAAUGGAAGGAACCGGCUACGACAUUUAACAUCUGAAAGAAUACUGUGAAAAUGUGAACUUGGAUGGCUCGGAGUGGAUAAAACUGCUCAUUUUGAAGUUUUCAUUGUUGUAUGACUAUUAGCAUGUCCCUGCGCAGGAAGUAAUCCUCUCGAUGAUCCUCUCACUCUUGACGAACUAGCAAAGUUUUUUGCCCGAGAGGAUCCCGAUCCUUCUCCGAAUGGUUACCCAGAAAACUACUGCCAUUCAUGCCUAGAGAUCUCAAGAAAAGCUGAGAAAAUAUUGAGCGAUCCUGGUCUGCUGAAAGAAAUUGAUUACGUUGUUAGCACAGUUUGCGAGCUUGUGCCUUCCGGUUUCCAAGCAAAGGUAUUAGUUUUAUUCUAAAUGGCGUGAGAAAUAUUCGAGAUUUAUUAAAUCAGAUGUCCUUCAACGUCUGCUUCAACCUUUCCAGUGUGCAAAGAUGGUGGAGAUGUACAAAACUGACGCCAUCAUGUUUCUCCAAGAUGCAUUCCUUGAGCAGAAUUUCUGCAACAAUACGGGGAUCUGCUCUAAUCUGGCUCAAAGGACUUCUCUCUCUUCUUACAGAAGGACCAAGUUGCUCUCUGCCAUGGAGCCCUUCGCAAAAACGUUGAGUAAGUUACACAAGGCCAUAAAUGUGGAAGCAUUACACAGAAUUAUCAGCGAUGGAUAUGGCCUAGCGGAAAACGGAAGGCCUCUCGAGGUAUCUACUUUAACGCAUCCUCAAGUCAAUCAUUUUCAAAAAAAAUUUAAAUCAUUCAUCAAUUGCCACUGAAGUAAUAUUUGGGUUAUAAGGAAAAUACAUAAGAUGAGUUUCAUAAGUUAGCCGUGGAUCACAUAUUAGAUGAAGACAAUAGGGAUCCUCCGACCAUAAUUCACUGUUGUAAAAGGAAUUUUUCAUAUUUUUUGCGUUUGGCAUUAUCAUCACCAAUAACAACGAGAAUAUGAUUUAAAUUGGUUUCAAAAUAUUAUGUACGCUACAUUUAUAUAAAUACCAGAUGCCUUAGAUUAAGUUGUCCCUCUUGAAACCAGAUCUUCUCCUGGCCCGGAAUAUCAUGCAGGAAAAGUUGAAGUGGUUUUGAAAUUGUGUAUGAUCUUCCGGUAAAAGCUGUUUUGUUUUCGUUAUAAUCUGCAGUCGAAUGCGACCUGCACUGCCUGCCUCAGUAUUUUAGGGAAGAUUCGUAGUGAGCUGGAGGACCCCGACAAACAGGUACUAUUGAUCCUAAAUUGUCCAUGUUAAUCUCUACAGCUUUUUAAACGCUCUAUACCCUUUUAUUUACAGCUGAAGAUUAUCACGUCUCUUCUCAAAGCCUGUGAAGCCGAAGUGUUCGUCUACAAGGUAAAGUCCCUCUUUCCCUCCCUCAUUCACAAUGCACAACCCAACUGAACUUGAAACGACGACCUCUCUCUUAUUUUAAAGUAGACGAACAGAGAAAGAGCGAGGAAGAGAGAGAGAGAGAGUGAGAGUGGAUAGAGAGAAUACGUCUACGGUUUAUCUUAAGAUGACAGCAUUUUUUUGCAGUGCAAGAAACUGAUCUUCGCUUACGGCCCCAUCGUGAUAACAAAUAUCCAGAAGGUUGCGAGCAUGGAUUUGUGCCACAUGGUGCAGAUCUGUAGGAACCCCAUGAACAAGACCGUCCAUUGGAGCGUGGCGGACUCUCAGCCACACAUCAAGAUCGCGCCUGCCCGCUUGGACGCGAUGUGA